AGAAGGGUCUCCUCUAAGAUCCAUUACCUCACUAGCCCAUGUUGACUAGAUCGCCAAUACCAGGAAAUAGCAUCAAGAUUCCUACUGAGCAAAGAGAAUGAAGCUGACAUUUACAGAUAAGAAAGGUCACUGCCUUUCCUAUCUACAGGCAAAGCCAGUCAGGAAACAUAUAAAGGAGAAGCUCAGCUCAGCUCUCAGUCAAGGUUCUUCCUGGCAAGAUGAAUCCCACCAGCUUCUUCCUCCUUACCUUGCUCCUGGUUCUGGUGACAGAAGCAUCUGCGAGGAGACCCCGUGAAAAAUUCUCACAGUCAUCGGAAGAGCAUUCUAGUGAAACCUCUGAAGUAGGCGGGAGCAGUGGGGGAUCAAGUUCUUCCCAUGACGAAUACAGCCGGAGUGAGAGCUCCUGGAGUUCCUUUAAAUCGAAAAAUCCAAAAAGCGGCUUCGGCGAGGAAGCCUCGUGGAGUUCCUUUAAAUCGAAAGCUCCAAAGAGCAGCGCCAGUGAGGAAAGCUCCUGGGGCAGCUUUAAGUCGAAAAGUUCGAGAAGCAGUGCCGGAGAGGAAGGCUCGGAUGGUGACCGAGCAGGCGAGUCUGCCGGGGAAAUAGAGCGGUCUUACACACGGAGAAAGGAAAAGCAACGCUUUGGACAAGAAGUAGCUAAGUGACACAGCUACGGACCAGCUGAAGAUCCGGAUCGAUACAAAGGAGUCGCCUUGUCUGAAUGAAGGCUGCGAUAUCUUCAGGAUGGAGACUCCUGUGAAGUCCCAGAUACAGAUCAUGGAUUUCCAUUCUUUUCUCAUACUUGGGGUUUUUUUUUCCUGAGGUCCCGAACCCCAGCAUUUAUUAAAACACUUUCUUUCCAAU